UAACUUCUACAUCUCAAUAUCUUAUCUUAUAUAUUCCCAUUCACAUCCUAACUAGACCAUCUAUCACCAAAAACUCCUAGCAAUGGCUGCAUCCACUAUUCUCCCACUCAUUCUAUUGACACUCACUCCUGUACUCCUCAUCACCAUUCCUCAAACCCUAGCUCAAACCCCUGUAGCCCCGGCCCCUGCGCCUGCCGGUCCAGUUAACCUAACCGGAAUUCUUGACAAAAAUGGUCAGUAUACAACCCUCAUUCGCCUAUUGCAACAAACCCAAGUGGGAACCCAAGUCAAUAACCAGCUCAAUGGCUCUACUGAAGGCAUGACCGUGUUUGCCCCGACCGACAACGCCUUCAACAAUCUCAAAGCCGGAACCCUAAACGGCCUCAACAACCAACAACAAGUUCAGCUUGUGCUUUAUCAUAUUGCACCAAAAUAUUACUCUUUGAGUGAUCUUCAAUCGGUUCCUAACCCUGUUAGGACCCAAGCUACGGGCCAAAACGGCGGUGUUUUCGGGCUUAACUUCACUAGUCAAGGAAAUCAGGUCAAUGUGUCAAGUGGCAUGGUGGUGACACAAAUUAACAAUGCCUUAAGGCAACAAUUCCCUCUGGCUGUUUAUCAGGUGGACAAAGUUUUGUUGCCUGAGGAGUUGUUUGAAGCCAAGUCUCCAUCGGAGGCACCAUCGGAUGUGGACAAAGGUUCCCCCGCUGACGGGAAGAAUUCGACGAGGACUGUGGGGGCGGAGGAGCCGUCGACUGCAGGAAAUGGUUCAGGUGGACUGAAUGUGGGGUUUGGUGUUGUUGUUGGACUAGCAUUGGCUUGCAUGGGGGUUCUUUCUUGAUUAUCAAGAAUUGAAGAUGGUUUUCAAGAUUUGAAUAUUUUUCAUUUUUCUUUGAGGAUGAUGAAUCCUGGGGUUUGAUUAUUGCAUAUACACCUUCAUCAUGUUCUAUACAUUUUAUUUUCCC